AUGCAGCGCCAAAACUACGGCCCCUCGCCGCCGCUCCAUCACCCAGUACCGCAGCACGUCUCAACAGUACCCCAGCUGAGAUCUCCUCCGCCGCCAACCUCGUCGCAACCGCAAACACAGGGAGCUUAUGGCAAUCCCUAUCAGCAGGGCCAGCCGGGCCCCCAAGGCGCGACCGGAGCCAAUGCGUUUGGGCAGUACGGCAACUUUAUGAACGAUCCUACUGCGCAAAUAGCUGCAUCUAUGGGUCAGAAUGCCUUUAAGCAGGGCCAAGAAUACUUUGAGCAAAAUGUCAACCGUUGGUUUAGCAUGUCCUCGCUCAAGCACUACUUCAAUGUUUCAAACUCCUACGUUGUGAACAAGCUGUUCCUGGUUCUCUUCCCUUGGCGUCACAAGCCAUGGUCGCGCAAGCAGGCCAUUGGGCCCAGUGGCCAAGAGGGCUGGUACCUGCCACCGAGAGACGACAUCAACAGCCCGGACAUGUACAUUCCUGUGAUGGCUGUUGUGACGUAUAUCCUCCUCUCGACGCUCUUGGCCGGUCUUCGGGGCGAAUUCGACCCCCAACUCCUCGGAGCGACUGCGGCCCUGGCGGCCCUCGUCGUCGUGCUCGAGAUUGCCUUUUUGAGGCUCGGCUGCUAUUUCCUUAGCAUCUCGGAACGAUCCCAGCUGCUUGACCUGGUCGCGUACUCUGGCUACAAGUUUGUUGGAGUCAUUGUUACGGUAGCCACUGCUCAAAUCAUCAAUGGAGGCAAUGGCACGGGCGGUCUGAUUGGUUGGUCGGUUUUCAUUUAUACCUUUAUGGCCAAUUCCCUCUUCUUGAUGCGAUCGUUGAGAUAUGUCCUACUUCCCGAGAACUCCAGUGAUCCCCGCAUGCAGACCGAGUCACGAACGAAGCGCAACCAGCGCACCCAAUUCCUAUUUGGAUAUUCCUACCUGGUGCAGUUCUUUCUCAUGUGGAUCCUCACCAGACCAUGA